AUGAACCUGUGGCUCUUGGCCUGCCUGGUGGCCUGCUUCGUGGGGGCCUGGGUCCCUGCUGUCCGUACCCAAGGCGCCUUUGAGGACUGCUGCCUGGCUUACCACCACAUCACUAAGACAGCCAUGCUUCGACACGCUAAGGGUUACCGACGCCAGGAGGUGAGCGGGAGCUGCAACCUGCCUGCCGUGAUUUUCUUCCUCCCCUGGAGACACAGGGUGGUGUGUGGGAACCCACAGGUCAGGUGGGUGCAGAAUGCCAUGAAGUUUCUGGACUCCCGGAGCAAGAACCCCUCAAAGCUCCAUGACGGCACCCGGAAGCCCCUCCGAGGCUCUCGCUCUGAGGUGAAGAAGUUGGGGCCUGGAACCUCCAGGGUCCUGGUCUCCACGUUUGGCGACCCCAGCGGAAGCAGCAAGAGGCAUGCCUCCUUUCUGAGAGCAGCUACUCAAGGACCGUGA